GCACACACCUCCACUCACACUGAUGAUUUUUAGAGUGGACUUGCUUCUCGUGGUGCUUCACGCUCUCAUGAGCACCACUGGUGCCUGGGCGUCGGAGAUUCCUGCUCGAGACUACGCCAACAAAAACUACUUUAUGGUUGAGUUGGACACCGCCUCAAGCUCUGAUCCAUUGACCGCUUUCAUCAAUCAACACAAGGAUGUUUACCAGUUUGAGCACCAAGCAAGAGGUUUUGAUGACCAUUUUGUGUUUUCUAUUCCCAAGGGUCACGAACAUAACCAGUUCUUGGGAAAUUACAACUCCAAUAACCAUCAUCUCAUGCAAAAACGCCAGGAUUUCGAACAGGAAUAUGAAAUGUUGGUAACAAACCAAAAUUUGAAGUCUAUCCACAUGUUGGUGCCCCGAGUCCUCGAGAGAAGAGCGCCUGUUCCUGUGGAGCCUGAAGAAUAUAAUAUGGCGAGAGGCAUUAUUCCUAUUGACUCGUCUCAGUUGCCGAUAAAAGAUGCCGGUGAAAAGUUGGGGAUAAAUGAUCCUAUUUUCGCCCAGCAAUGGCAUCUCAUCAACACACAGUUUCCUGGAAAUGAUGUUAACGUUACUGGAUUGUGGUACGAAGGAAUCACUGGUGAAGGUGUCGUUACGUCCGUGAUUGAUGAUGGGUUGGACUAUGAAGAUGCCGACUUGCGAAAAAACUUCAACAAAGAAGGGUCUUGGGAUUUCAAUGACAACACAAACCUCCCCAAACCACGUCUAUUCAAUGACUACCAUGGAACCAGAUGUGCUGGGGAAAUCGCAGCUGUCAAAAACAAUGUUUGUGGAGUAGGAGUGGCAUAUGAUUCCCAGGUCAGUGGAAUCAGAAUCUUAUCGGGACCUCUCACACCGGAAGAUGAGGCUGCUGCCAUGAUCUUUGGACUUGAUAUAAACGAUAUAUACUCGUGUUCUUGGGGUCCAACUGAUGACGGUAGGACCUUGUCAGCUCCCGAAAAAAUCGUCAAAAAGGCUAUGCUUAAAGGUGUACAAGAAGGUCGGGAAAAUAAGGGGUCUAUUUAUGUAUUUGCAUCAGGAAAUGGAGGUCGUUCUGAUGAUUCGUGUAACUUUGACGGCUACACCAAUUCCAUUUAUUCCAUUACUGUGGGGGCCAUUGAUUAUAAGGGACUUCAUCCUUUGUAUGCAGAGGCCUGUUCAGCUGUCAUGGUUGUCACCUACUCGUCAGGAUCAGGAGAACAUAUUCAUACUACUGACAUUCACGGCAAAUGCUCCGCUCAGCAUGGGGGAACUUCGGCCGCUGCUCCCUUGGCUGCUGGGAUCUUUUCGUUAGUUUUACAAGUCAACCCAGAUUUGACUUGGAGAGAUUUACAGUACGUAGCAGCAUUAAGCAGCGUGCCUGUCAACGAAAAGGAUGGACAUUAUCAGACCACUGCCUUAGGAAGACAAUACUCUCAUAAGUAUGGGUAUGGUAAAGUCGACGCUUACAGAAUGGCUCAUUUUGGAAAAACGUGGGAAAACGUCAAACCUCAAUCCUGGUACUAUUCGGACGUUAUACCCGUCGAUAAGACCAUCAAGAUUGACUCUUCUGGUAAUGGGGACAAGGAUAAGAUCAUCAGCUCCACUUUGAAGAUUGGUAAGCAGGAAUUGGAUGUAAUGAACUUGGAAAGAGUUGAACAUGUAACUGUUACCGUCAACAUUCAAUCGACUUUCAGAGGCCAGGUUGGAGCUCGAUUAAAAUCUCCGUUCGGCGUCACCAGUGAUUUGGCAUCUUUCAGGCCCCAUGAUAUUAGUAGUCAGGGAUUUGUAGAUUGGACGUUCCUGUCAGUGGCCCAUUGGGGAGAAUCUGGAGUGGGAGAUUGGACGUUGGAGGUGUUCAAUGCCCCUGAUUCUAAAGGUAAUGAUAUCAAGUUUGUUAACUGGCAAUUGCGGUUGUUUGGGGAAAGUCAAGCUGCUGAACAAGCUGAAACUUAUGAUAUUGACAAAGACUAUGCUCAGGUAAGAAGAGACCGGUUGGAGAAGUCCGUGGCAGCUCCAGUUGAACCCUCCUCUUCCUCCUCUUCCUCCUCCACCUCGACAACUGAGCUCCAGACUUUCACCACAAGCACCAAAGCUGAAGAAUCAGUUGCAUCAGAUGAUGAAAGCAAGGAACAAGAAGGAAAGCUUCCCGACCUUGUUAGCACUACUUCUGCGGCUGCCUCGACCACAUCUUCUGCUACUAGUGCCCCAGACGACACUGAAAACGACUCGGGAGACGGCAAAAAUGCCUACGGUAAUGGACAUAGCGGACUCUACUUCAUGGCAUUGAUGGCCAUCGGGUUUAUCAUUAUUGCAGCCAUUAUGUGGUUCCACAAAACCCCUGGAAGUUCGCGCAGAAGACGUAGAAGAGAAGAAUACGAAUUCGAUAUCAUUCCUGGUGAAGACUACAGCGACAGUGAAGACGUCGACUCGCACGACUCGUUCGACUUGGGCCACCAUAAUGACGACAAUUUCAGUCUCAAUGAAGAACGGGAUCGAUUAUAUGAUGAUUUAAACGGUGAGACAUUACCAGAUUAUCACGAGGAUGAGGAAAUGUUCAAGAUCGGAGAUGAAGAAGAAGACGCUAAAAAACCGUUGGGCAAGAAGGUAAACUUUCAAGAUGAUGUAACCUCUGGGUCCGUCAGUGCCCCCUCUCCUGGGCAUUAGACCAUAGUCAUAGUAAAUGUACACAUUAAUAGAGCC